AUGACACGGAUUAGGAAGCAUUUAAAUGAAGACCGGAUUGUAAAUGGGCUAUUAGAAUUCACACUCAUCUUAAAACUUGGCAUACAAGUUCCAAGCACAGCAUUACUGUUAUUUUCACAAUAUUUCAUUAACAUGUGUCCUGCCUUUUUUUCUUUGAAGUUUGCUUCUAUAUUGAAGAGUCACUUUGUUUAAAAAAAGGGGGGAGGGGGCAUUUUGUGUUCCAUAUUUAUUGGCUCUCAGUGACUCCAGAUUAGAUUUGCUCACUUUUCAAGUAAAAAGAUAUUUUUAAAUGCCAGCCCUAAAGAUUCUUACUAAAUCUUAAAGCGAGCUGUUUUUUUUUUUUCUGGCUCAUGACCAUUAAUAAAGUUCCAUCUAUCUGUUUUGCCAUCAGUCCUCUGAAGUGUCACAAGUGCAACUGAGGAUAAAGUUUGGCUUGACAAUUGGAACUUGCGUUCUUAAAUGUCUGUAGGAUUAGAGCAGGGGUCGGCAACGUUCGGCACGCAGCUCGCCAGGGUAAGGUAUUUAAAAAUGAUAAGGCUAUAAAUCAUCAUCGCUCACCUGCGCCACUUCUCGCUGCCCCCAUUGGCCCGGGACGGCGAACCGCAGCCAGUGGGGGCCGCGAUCGGACGAACCUGCUGCGUCAGCAGGUAAAUAAAACUGGCCCAGCCCGCCAGGGUGCUUACCCUGGCGAGCCGUGUGCCGAACGUUGCUGACCCCUGGAUUAGAGCCUUAGUUUGGAACCCUACAUAUCUUGAAGAAAGAGUUCUUAAUCUAUUUUUAACCUACAGGAGGGUCAAGCUCAGCAAGAGUUUUCCCAUGUUCCCUUGCUUUAUAGAAAUUAUUCUACAAGUAGGUCAUGCAAGGACCACAUCUCUUGUGAAUCAAAAAUACUGAAAGAAUUGCCAGGGAGUUUGAAAAAGGAGUGGGCAGGAAGUUACACCGAGAUCUUGUUGAAUUCGAUAAAAAGAAUAAGCAUACAAGUUAUAUAUCAGAUCCCUGGUUUGAUAUGUAUCUCUGUGCCAGAGACCCUGUUGUUUUAAACUUCAACCCUUUUAUUUCUUUAAAUCCUGAUCCAAAAGAAGCAUACAACAGCCAGGUAGUGAGGGCAACAAAUCUGGUAGUAUCAUCAAUAAAAUUUCUUAACUCUCUAAAUAAUGAAUUUUUACGGCCAGAUAUCUAUUAUGUCAAUCCAAAAUGGAGCCAGAGUAGGCUCUUCAAAAGGUUUAUCAGCCUUCUUCCAACUUCUGUGUCUUGGUAUGGAGCUUAUAUGGUAAACGCAUAUCCCUUAGAUAUGUCACAAUAUAAGCGUCUCUUCAACAGUUCCAGAAUUCCUAAAUUAAACAAAGAUGAACUGUUUACUAAUGAAUGGGGAAGACAUUUGUUGGUGAUGAGAAAUGGACAUUUUUAUGUUUUUGAUGUUUUGGAUCCUGAUGGUAAUAUUCUGCAUCCAUCUGAAAUCCAGGCUCAGUUAAUUUAUAUUUUGCAAGAUGCAGAUCGCUUGCCUGAGUUUUCCCUUUGUUAUCUCACCACAGAAGACAGGAAUACUUGGGCAGCAGUAAGACAACAGCUUCUCGAAGCAGGCAAUGAAGACAACUUACAAAAAAUUGAUAGUGCAGUUUUUUGCCUAUGCUUAGACAAUAUUUCCCUAAAGAAUGAUACUGAGCUGUCACAUUGUAUGCUUCAUGGACGUGGUUUUAAUCGUUGGUUUGACAAAUCCUUUAGUCUGAUUAUCACUAGUGACGGCACUGCAGGGGUAAAUUUUGAGCAUUCUUGGGGAGAUGGAGUUGCAGUACUUCGUUUUGUUAAUGAAGUAUAUAGAAACAGUACAAGGCACCCAGCUAUUGUACCACAUUCUAGUCCUGCUGCGUUAAGUGCUACCAAGUGUGAGAGACUGGAGUUUAAAUUGAAUGAUUCAAUCCAAUCUGCUAUAAACUCUGCACGUAUGAAAUUUGAAGAAACAAAUGAGAAAAUAUCUGUGAGAAUGUUUGAAUUCAGAAAGUUUGGAAAAGAAUUUUUAGUGAAACAAAAGCUGAGUCCAGAUGCUGUUUUUCAACUUGCAUGUCAGAUGACUGCUUAUCGACAGUUUGGAAAAAUUAUUUCUUCUUACGAAGCAUGUAGCACUGCUGCUUUUAAACAUGGCCGCACGGAAACUAUUCGACCCACAUCUAUACUAACAAAACAAUGUUCACGUGCAUUUGUUGAAGAACGAAGCAAACACAGUGUAGCAGAACUGAGAAAUAUGAUUGAUGAAUGUUCAAAAUAUCACAGACGGUUGCAACUGGAAGCUGCAUUAGGUAAAGGAUUUGAUCGCCAUUUGUUUGCAUUAAAACAUCUUUCAGUGUCCAGAGGUGAUCCUAUGCCUGAACUUUUUCUUGACUCAGCCUACCAAAAACUAAACCAUAUUAUCCUUUCAACUAGUACAUUACACAGUCCUGCAGUUCAUCUUGGUGGAUUUGGGCCAGUGGUGCCAGAUGGUUUUGGAAUUGGAUAUAAUGUAUUUGAUACGUGGGUAGGAUGUAACACAACUGGCUAUUUAAAUAGAGAACUACAAGAAUUUCUUAGAUGCCUUGAGUAUAGUUUAACUGAUAUUUUAGAUGUUUUAGAAGGAAGACCUCUUGUGUAAUAUUGGCAAUAUUAGCAAUUAUUUUAAAACUAAUUUCUGACCCAUAAAAAUAACGGUGCAAAAUCAACAGCAAAAAUCUAAUAAUGAGAAUAAGCUAUUGGGAAAUAUACUUUCUACAUCUGUAGAAAGUAACUAUAAGAGAAAGGGAAACUCUGAAACCUUUAUUAGUGGACUGACAAGAUAAUGUUAAAAUGUUAUUCUGUUUUUGUCCCUUUUUUUUAAUUAUUACUAGUUUUCAACAUCCAUUAAGGCCUUUAAGAAUGUUUUUUCCAUAUAUUUUCCAAACUCUUCCUAUUUUAAUGAAUCCCUUAAUUUUAUACUUGUUUAUUCUUUUUUAUAUUCUGCUUAUUAUUUAUUUUUCAGAGGGGUAUUGUUUGGUUGGGUUUUGUUUUGUUUGCUUUGUAUUGUUAUACUGUAUUAUGUCUUCAUGGCUAUGCUUGUUCAAACAAGAUUAUAAAAUACAAGUUUAACGUCUUAACUACAGGAGACAAAUUUUCAUAACUGUGCUGCAGUUAUAGUGGAAGCCGAACUUUUUCUUAUAUUUUAUGUACAUUAAUGUGGAAUUGAUGUUUCUGUUAUAAAUCCUGAUUUGCUUUG